GAGAGCUCGAGGCAGCGCUCAGACCCGAAAGCCCGGACAGAGAGAGAGAACAGCGCGGACGGCGAGCUGCUCCGUUUGUACCGGCUGCACGACGAUACAUUUAAAAAAAAUCUUUUGAUGGGUUAAUUACUAUUAACUAUUUGCCUUUUUUUCAUCGAGACAAUCCAAACCGGGGAAACUUUUUUUUAAAAAUGGAGUGACACAUCCCCCUCCCGUCAACCCACGAGUGGAACCGUAACGCGCCGCGAUCCUUCACCCGUCUCAUCACCUGCUUGUUUUCGCGGCACGUUCGAUUCUCGCCGAUGUCCCCCUGCUGCCGCCGGUUCCUGGCCUGCACUCUGCCUCACAACGGAUCGUCACACGGACCAAGCGACUACUGAUAUGGCCCUUGCAGAGACCAUCGAGGGCGUAGGGGAAACUGGAGGAGGGGGAAAUGGCCCCCUUCCACGCCACAACACCUGCCGCAUGGAGCUCCCUCGCCCCCUCCACUCCUGGCCCGGUCUGCUCACCACCACCACCACCAUCACCAGCGGUCCUGGCACUGGCCGUGGUGCAAUACACCUCCACCACCACCACCACCAUCUGCAUCCUACGCAGCCUCUCCAUCUGUCGCACCCGCAGGCUCACCAGCAGUUUCCUGCAUUACCGCCAUCGCCGCCGUCGGCACCGCCUCCUUCGCCACUCUGCAACCAGAGGGAAGAGAGGGAUGGAGGCGCAGUCAAACCCAGUGCCUUGUCAGGAGAGGAGUCAGCCUUUUCUGCUGCAGACUUGGACCUAGACGAGAGCCAGGAGGCUUCCAGGCGGCAGGGGCCUUUGCCUGACCUGCUGCCCCAGACCGAGCACCCAUCCUGGGCUUCACCACACCACAGAGCACCCAGGGGAGAGGCCGUGCAGGAGCUGGAGGUCAGGAGAGUGGCCAGCCAGCUGAGGGCCAUCGGAGACCAACUCAACGCCACAAUCUUCCGCAGAGCGCACGUCGCCCCCCAAUGGCAGGACUGGAGAGACGCCUGCCGAGGACUCCUCAACCUCAUCACUCAGACUCUCAGCACCCUCUACAGGCUCACGUAGACAGCCGGGUCGCCGGCCACCACCAGUUCCACCGCGGCUUUCAGGACGCAGACGCUGUUGUGCAUUUGAACCUGGAGGACUAACGUUGCCUGAAAUCAAACAUUUUCUUGAAACAAAGAAAUUGGGAGAAUGAGCUUGAGGUGUUUUUUGCAACCUGGAACAGGAGGCUGCCUGUAGAAAUGCUGCCUGUCUGCCUGAACGACAGUGGGUCCGUCAGUCAGUCUGCUGGUACAGACUGCACCUGACGCACUGACGUUCACUUUUCUACCUGUAGAUUUUGUAAAAAAAUCAAUUUGCUUUCACUGUCUUUGUCAACAUCUCGGGGGUCAGAUCUUUAUGUAGCAGCUGUGACGUGUGUGUGUGUGUGUGUGUGUGUGCGCGUGCGUGUGUGUGCACAUGGCAGACCUGGGUCAAACAAAAAGGUGGUGCAUGCUUAGAUACCGCGGCCAAUUUAAAAUUUGGUUAUUUAUACCACAUAAAUGAUUGUUUGUAAAUGAAGUGGUUCUGAAGGGAAGGUCUUCACCAUCUUCUGCAGUUUAUGUUACUAUCAGCCACAAUUUUGUCGUCCGAAAACAGAUGAUGUCCCUCCUUUUCUCCCCCUUGAUAAUGGAGAAUCAUCUGCUAAUCAUCACAUCUUCUUUUGCUGUGGGAGAGUCCACCGUUCUGAACUGGUUAAAACUAAUUCUGAGUAUUAUAACAGACGUAAAUUGACCCUCGUCUCGUGUGUGCAUAUAACUGUUGCGUCUUCAUUUUGCAUCCUAUUCCCCCCCCCAUUCUUAAAAAACUGUGAAACUGGACGCUGUAGUUAAAUCGGGUGUUAUUCUCUGUCCCAAUCUGGAACUGCUUCAUUUCAUCACAUGACGUACGUGCCUUUUUGCUCAGCACUCUGCUGUUGAGACCGAAUCUCGAACACCAGGACAAUCAACCACACACACACACACACACACACACACACACACACACACACACACACACACACACACACACACACACACACACAAAAUCUUUAAGUCCUUUGUUUGCAGUCACUAAACUCAAAUGUCAUUUGCAUUACAUUCAAAUGCUCCAGCUUCAGCGAGGUUCAAGGUCAUUUUAGGACAGAAACCUAAGGACUUAAUCCCUACCAAGCACAAGCACACACGCACACGCACACACACACACAACACACACACACACAUAGACACACACAGGGAAUUGCCACUGUACAUUCCCCCACACCGUUUUUUCUACCAGUGUUGGGAGCUGGCAGGGUUCCACUCGCCUGUGUCGACAGUGUUUGUUGUGACUCGACCAUAUGUAAAUAUUCUUUUGGACGAUGAAUCUCAGUAAUUUGAAAACUUAUGACAGGCUUAAAAAAAGAAAAAGUACUUAUCUAAGUGAGAGUUCACUGUGUUUGUUGGGAGGUCAUUUUGUAUUUCUGAGCAGCCGUUGGCAACGGCAGAGCAAGUUAGAAUUUAAAUCCAGUGGAUUUGAGAUGGUAUUCCAUGAGUUCAAGAAGUAUAUAUGAUUUGGAUCUUUUGAUUGUUGAAAAGUAUUUGAUGAUGUUUGCGAAAUGACCCCAUUCAGUCGUGUGAUUAUUUACAUUGUAGCUUGGCAUAAAAUGUAAAAAUGCUCAUAUCAAGAGCAUAAUUUAUUUAUUUUCUGUAGCUUGUCUUUUUGGUUCCUUGAAAGAAUUUUGUUUUUCAUUUUUUUAAUGUAAUAUAUUAUUUAUUUUUUCCUAACAUUCCUGAUCAAAGCUAUUGAUUAAUCUGUAUUUGAGUUGUACCUGUUAAAACAGAGAUGGGAGUUGAAGCUGUCAAUACACACACUGAAAGACAAUACACCACUUUCAUAUCAUAUCAGCUUUGAAUAUAAAAUUAAAAAGAAAACAAGAACAAAAUUGGCUCAGUCAUUUAAAACGGUACUGUCACCAUUAUAGAAUUACACAAACGGAAAGUGAUGUUUUGGCUCUCGACAGGUUUAUCAGAUGAGUUGUAAAAAAAAAAUAACUCUCCCAAAUUAAGCACAACGAGGAAAUCAGACUGAGCUGAAACGUCAACCAGGUAUUUCAUUUUAAAGCUGUGCAGGUCUGUGUGAUUUCGGACAGCGGGUAGUACCAAUGGUGCUGCACAUGCGAAACAAAUGUACGUACUGUCAACAGGGAAUUGAAUGGAGGCUUUGGCAAAACGAGUUUGAUCAGGGUUUGUCUUCGCCAUAUUCAUUACACCACUCUCACUGGGCCUUAGCUGCAGUGUUUUGUAGGUUUUUUAGCAAAGGGCCUUCAAAAAAUAUGAAGUCAGAAUGACACCACACAGCCUGCAGACGUUCGUCUGACAUGCGGCUGAGCGACAUACAACUCCACAAGUCCACCUAUAAGUACCGAAAUCAGUUCGACCUGCGAGUGAUGGCUCUUCCCCUGGUUGGUAGUUUUUGUGAGGGUGCACUUCCUGGUUCAGCGUGCACCCUGCUCCUCUCCACGACACUCAGUGUCGGUCACAUGCAGUGCUUAUUUGCUGAUUUUCAACGGGUUUUUUUUCUAUUGUAAACUUUCUACAUGAAUUUUGUACUUUUUUCCUUUUUUUACACAAUAAAAAUGAUGAGAAAUAUAUAAA